CGGGUCCUCUCUUGCUCAACAAUUCUCAACCUUAACGAUCCUCCUUCCGUGCGCUGCGGACCUUGGUCGCUCCUAUUUUCUGUAUUGUACGUCUGCAUGUGAUCGCUGAUCACCGGUAUACUUAAGCCCCCCUCGGGACCCGUGAGGCGAAAGGUCAUCGGUGACGAAAUGGUCCUGUGAUAGGAUCGACCUGCUCUGCCUUUUAGCUUCCUGCCACUACCCACGAACCCCGCGAACAUCCUUGUUGGCUCGAUCUUGGUCGCGUAACGCUUCUUCUCUGAUUCGAUUUUCCAGUGUUUGCGCCACUUGUCUCUUUUUGAAAUCGGUGUCGCGCUCGCAAGGGGUGCGACUGAGGAAAAAUGGCCAUGAAUUUCGUGACGUUUAACCAAGACUACAGCCAUUUGGCUGUCGCGACGUCUAGGGGUUUUCGAAUCUUCACGACGGAUCCUUUCGCCAAGAGCUAUGAGACCAAGGAAGGGAAUAUCGCGAUAAUGGAGAUGCUGUUCUCGACGUCGCUGGUUGCGCUCAUUCUGUCGCCGCGUCGGCUUCACAUCACUAAUACCAAGCGCCAAUCCACAAUAUGCGAAUUGACGUUCCCUACCACCGUCCUAGCGGUCAAGCUGAACCGAAAACGCCUCGUGAUCGUUCUAGAGGAUCAGAUCUAUAUCUAUGACAUCCAAACCAUGAAGCUCCUAUAUACAAUCCAGACCUCCCCGAAUCCGAACGCGCUCUGUGCCCUAUCGCCAUCGUCCGACAAUUGCUAUCUCGCAUACCCUCUUCCGCUGAGAGCUCCGGCUGCUACUUUCAACCCCCCGCCUCAUGCGCCACCGGGAGCAAUGCACGUAUCACCUACCAGUGGAGAGGUCCUAAUCUUUGAUACGUUGAAGCUAGAAGCGAUCAACGUCAUUGAGGCGCAUCGGUCUCCUUUAGCAUGCAUUACACUCAACGGCGAUGGCACUCUAAUUGCCACUGCGUCCGACAAAGGAACAAUCAUCCGCGUCUUUUCCGUCCCCGAUGGCCACAAACUCUACCAAUUUCGGCGCGGGUCAAUCCCGUCCAGAAUCUACAGCAUGUCCUUCAACACUACUUCGACCCUCCUCUGCGUCUCUUCGUCGACCGAAACCAUACAUCUAUUCAAACUGAGCCACCCGGGCCAGUCUCCUGACGGCUCCUCCCCGUCCUCGCCCACCGCCCGCCAAGGAACAUUGAGUCACAGUUCUCCGAGUCAAUCGCCGGAAGCCGACGACAUGGGGGAAGAAUCGGGCUCGGAGGUAGCUAUGCGGAAACACAAUGGGACAUUAAUGGGAAUCAUCCGACGGACCUCUCAAAAUGUCGGGAGCUCUUUUGCUGCUCGAGUCGGCGGAUAUCUCCCCAAAGGCGUCAGCGAAAUGUGGGAACCAACGCGGGACUUUGCCUGGAUUAAACUCCCCAAGGUCAACCAGGCCGCGGGAGGAAAUGGAAAUACUGGGCCGCUACGGAGCGUCGUCGCCAUGAGUAGCAACACGCCGCAAGUUAUGGUAGUCACCAGCGACGGUAACUUUUAUGUUUACAGCAUCGAUCUCGCAAAAGGUGGUGAGGGCACAUUGACAAAACAAUACUCCGUACUUGAUACUAAUGACAGGCUUGGAUACACUGGUACUGAUUACUGAAUCCGCCACAUCGUUGUCAUACCAAUCCCAUUUAAUUCCAUCUCCUCUCUCUCUCUUUCUUUUGUUUUUUCAGUAAUUUCCAUGGGCUAUCCUCGGUGGGAAGCAACGGUCUUUUUUCUACUUGCAGCAUGCGGUUACGGCGGCGACUGUUUUCACGAUAUCCUUGGUCUUUUAUGUUGUCUUUCAUGCGACUGUCUGUAUACUGUUACCACCUCAUUCUUGAAGCAUGGCAAUAGUAUAAUGCACACUAUCAAAUUCCA